AAAAAAGUCGUCUCAUCGACGAUUUUAACGUAUUCUAUUGCAAAAAUGUCAUUCCAGGCAAUGGAGACAUUUGCUGAGAUCAGUCAAGAAAUAUUGAUGUCUGCAACUAAACCUCCAGAUUUUGAUUUCGUUCUAGAACAGGUUGGCAACUAUGGUACUUAUCAGAUUGUUUUCUUCUUUAUAAUUUGCCUUCCAACUAGUUUACCAUCAGCAUUCUCGGCAUUCAACAUUCCAUUUGUUGUUGGAAAUCCACCGCAUACAUGUCAUAUUCCUGAAGGAAAAGAAUAUUUACGACCAUUGACUAAUGAUACUCAAAUUCUCUCUUGCAAACAGUACAACGAGACUCAAAUAAACGUGUUCCGGGCUUUUACAUCAGCUCCAGUCGAUACUUACAGCGAUCGAAUAAGUUUAGUGCCGUGCCAAAAUGGAUGGGAUUAUGAUAACUCUACAUAUUUGGAUAGCUUGGUGACAGAGUUCAAUUUGGUGUGUGAUCAACAAGCAUGGAUUGAAAUAUCAACAACGUCCUUCUAUGUCGGAAGUUUUAUUGGAAACUGUCUAUUUGGAUAUGUUGCUGAUAAAUUCGGACGAAGAAGAUCAUUUUUUGUAAUUCUAACAGUUUUGAUCGUAUGUGGAACUGCGAGCUCAUUUGCAAAAGAUAUCGAAUCCUUCAUUAUUCUUCGAUUCUUCACUGGUUUGGCAUUUCCAGCGUUAUUCCAGAUUCCUUUUAUUAUUUGUAUGGAAUUUAUGGGCAACUCUGGAAGAAUAUUUUCUGGACUUAUGACAUCACUUUUCUUUGGAGCAGCUAUGGCUUUGCUCGGAGUAGUGGCCAUGUUCAUCAGAAGAUGGCGUCAGCUAACAUUCUUCUGCAAUGCUCCAUUUGCAUUCUAUAUAAUUUAUUACUUCUUCCUCCCAGAAUCUCCAAGAUGGUCAGUUUCAGUCGGAAAAUGGGCUGACGCUAAGAAACAGCUUAAGAAAAUUGCAAAGAUGAAUGGAAAGUCAAAUGUUGAUGUUGAUGAAUUAGUGGAUAGUAUGAAAAACCAUCAAAAUGCUGCAGAAGAAAAAGAAACGAAGAGAAGUCACAAUGUGACAGAUCUUUUUAAAACUCCUAAUUUAAGAAGAAAAACUUUGAUUGUGACCUAUAUAUGGGUAAUGAAUGCAAUUAUUUACAAUGGAUUAACUUUGAAUGUUUCAAAUCUUCCAGUUGAUGAUUAUUGGAGUUUUAUAAUAAAUGGAGCAGUUGAAUUACCUGGAUAUUUCGUUGUUUGGCCUCUACUUCAAUGUGCGGGUCGUCGUUGGACACUUGCAGCAACAAUGAUUGUAUGUGGUAUUGGAUGUGUUUCUGCAAUGUUUAUGCCAGAUGGUUAUCCAUGGCUUGUGGCCAGUGCUUCGUUUAUAGGAAAAUUUGGAGUUGGAUCCGGAUUCGCUGUUAUCUAUAUAUUUGCUGGAGAGCUUUAUCCAACUGUUGUUAGAGCAAUUGGAAUGGGAAUGAGUAGCAUGGUUGCCGGUUCUGGGCUCUUGUUGGCUCCGCAUAUUGUUAAUUUGGGGAAAAUAGUAAAGAUAUUGCCUCUACUUAUCAUGGGCCUGAUGGCUUUGUCUGCCGGUAUUUUGACAUUUUUCCUACCCGAAACUCUUGGAGCACCACUGCCAAUGACAAUUGAGGAUGCAGAGAAUUUUGGUAAAAAGCCAGAACCAGACAGUGGAAUGUUCACACAAGCAGCCAAGAAACGAGAAUCUCAACCACUUCUGGAACCCCAUACACCAAUGGAUAGAAGACGGAGAAGUAGUCGACUUAUGAAUAUUUAGACUUUUAUUGUUCUCCAUUGUUUUCUGAGGAUAAUUGGUAGGUUUUAAUAAAACUUUGAUCUCAAUAUUUUUUGUAUCAAUAAAGAUUGUUGCU